AUGUCUGGUUCAUCCGAACAAACUUGUUUAGAUACGCUGUUCAGACCACAAUGGUCAUGUCUAUGCAAUGGGGCUCCGGUGUCUGUGGUCAUUGACAAUCUCAUUUGGGCGCAGAACUCUGGUGUGGGAAAGGUGGUACCCGGGGAGCAGGUGGUAAGAUUGGUAGGACUUAUCCCCCCUGAGGUCACUAGCGCAUCCAAAGUCACCGUUUUGUCUGCGUCCUUCUUGUCUGCUGGCCCGGUGGUUGACUUGGUUCUGGACGACACCAGUUUGGUUUUGGCUCACCGAUCUCUGUCUGCUGACCAUGUCUUCAACCUUGUUGAGUUGUGCUCAGGUGUUGGGAUUUCGUCCAUUGGAUUUUCCCGUGCCGGUUUUCGACACAGGUGCUCCGUUGAACGACAGCCAAAGCUCGCUGAACUUCACAGCCAACUGCACCCUGGGGUUCCAAUCGUAUGUGCAGACGUCACCCAUGACACAACUGCCAGCCUGGUUUUUGCACAUUGCCCUGACCCUUGCACCAUCAUGUCCGGCAUAGCAUGUCAACCGUUCUCAAGAGGUGGCUCACAGCGAGGACAACAGGACAGCAGAUCUUCAUCACUUCCUGGCACUCUUCGUAUGAUGUACCUGCUUCAGUCUCCCGCGUUGAUCAUCGAAUGUGUAGUGCCAGCCAGAGACAACAUGUACGUCCGUAGCCAUUUGCAGGCCUUGGUGGAUCAGCUUGGAUACCAUGUUGUUGAAUGUUCGCUGCGCCUUGAAAAUGUUUGGUCAGCUUGCCGAUAUCGCUGGUGGGUCAUUGCCACACACCCUUGCAUCGGACCUGUGAAGAUCCCAGCCUUUCCCACAGGCUCCUCGCUAGUGGUCAGAGACCUUAUGCCGUAUGUGCAUCGAUGGCCUUCGAGCGACGAAACUCAACUUCUGUUGCAAGGACCGGAACUUGAACGUUUCCAAUUGGGUGGGCAAUCACUCAGGCAACAUCAGGUCAGGCCCGACAUCAAGCUUCCGACAGCACUUCACUCAUGGGGCAACCAGACACAGCCAUGUGAGUGUGAAUGCAGGCCGACUGGUUUCAGUGAUGAACUUCUGACCACCAAAGGCAUCUAUGCACAACUUUUGCAGCUUCCAGCCAUUGACGGACAGGCAGGUGCUUGGAGACAUUUGCACGUGCUGGAAGUUUCUUUGCUGAAUGGGGUCCCUUUGAACCUCCCUUGGGGAAGCAACCAACGGCUCAAUCUGUGUGCGAUAGGACAGAUGGCAUGCCCAAUGCACUCAAUUUGGCUGGCAGCAUCACUGGCACGUCACAUGCACAUGUUGUUCACUGAUGCCACCCCUGCAGAUCCCAAUGAACUGCUCCAGGCUUUGAAACAUGAAGUCAUGACCCAAGGACGUGAGCUCUUCCCGAAUGUCCCACGCCAGCCCAUUGCCCCUGACAGAUGUGCCAUCACCAUCCAGGAGCCAGGACUCAGUGCAUGGACUUUGGUGUUCCCCCCAACUGCGGUUGUCAAGGACUUGAUCUUGGCACAUGGACGCCUUCAUGCAAUCCCCCUGGAUGAAAUUUGGGUCAAAGAUGAUGAGAAUAACCUCACUACUCAUGAAGCCAAGCUGUCCCUGUUUCCCCGUCUCACCAUUGGCAAGUAUGAGGACUUGUACCCCAAUGACCCGUCGUUUGGAGGUGAUGAGAUGCCGCAGGAUGCUCCAGAUCUGAAUGCUGUCACGCAGAUGGACUUGUCCUCGGAACAAGAUAUGUUUGAGAACCGUCCUGAGACCAUCGACUCCCGCGGCUCAGACUCCGGCCUUUUGGUUCCGUCUUCUGCGUGCCCUUUUGACUCCACUGUCAAUGGAUUGUUGGAUUUGCGUGCCCCUCAACUGUUGGCGAUGCUACCUCCGUUGGUACCGGAUGUUGAACUCUGCAGCUCCAUGCGUCGUCCCACGGUCCCUGUUGGCACGAGAAUCUCCCUGUUAGACAAUCAGGCACAUGCAUGGGCUGAUGAUGAAGUUUGGUGGCAUUUGAGUGCCAUUGCCAUCCAGAAACCCAAAGAAACUGCCAUCCUGGAUCCUUUGAUUGCACACACAUGGCUCACCGCAGGCACACCUGCUGCAGUACAGUAUUGGGCCUCCAUGCAGCCAAGAUUCAGUCGCAUUGCAUCCGUUGUUCUGCUUGAUGGCCAUUGGACUCCCUGCAUGUGGAUUGUGAGGCCGACGGUUUUGGAAGUCAUCAUAUGGGAACAUGACGAUGUGGACAUCAAUGGCCUGAAUUGCCUCCAUGGACUUUUGAGCUCAGUUUUGGGGUUGCCACAUUUUCAUGUGUCCUGCACUCGCCGUCAGUUCGGAGAUCAAAACUGUGGUGCAGCCGCCAUUGCCUUUCUGCAGCAUCGCUUGACCGGUUCCAACCUGCCAGAAACAGCCGCUCAGUUGCAAAAUGCAGCAGAUGAACUCCGUGAGGCUUUUCGACAGUCAUUGGAAGGCUUCAACCAAGUGCCGAGACCGUGGUGCUGGGGUGCAGGAGUGACAGAUGCCACAACCGUGCUUAGCGCGCUUUUGCAACAACAUGGAGUUCCAAGCCAAGCAGCCCCGACCAGAGCCAAAUUGGUGUUGCAAAGCCUCGGCCAAGAUGCAGUGAGGAAUGCGUUGCAAGGAGUUGCACCCUGGAGGACUCUGAAAUCAUUGGCAAACCAGCAGAAGCCAGUACUGCAACUUGUCAUGCCAGACGAAUUGAACGCAGUCAUGCAGGAACGCAAGACGAAGAAGGCCACCCCCAAAGCCUCUGGUCAUUUGGUCCAACUUGGUGUACAGCCAAUUGUCCCUGUCUUCACGCAUGGUGGUCCCACAGUCCAAGAUGUCCCUGUCGCAUGUGCCCGCAUCACAGUGUUUGCCGACCAGUGGCCCCAAGACUGGUCCAGUCUGGCAGAUCAUCCGUUCAAGCAGGUUUUGCAGACCCUUCCGCCAUUGCAGACGUGCAGAGAUGACAGCUGUCAAUGCGGCAAAUGGCACCCGACAGGUUCUGACUCAGCCCAAGAUGCCUUGCUUGAUGUGUUUCGCCGGCAGUUUUUCACGGACUCAGGUCGACCAACCAAACAUGCGCAGGCAAGCCAUUUCAGCGUCCAGGUCAGAUACCUUAAGUCCCAGGAACUGGCACUUUUGCAGCUGUCCGGACUACAUGGAGUGUAUCUUGAGCCCAGGUUGCCAGAUGCUUCCGCCCCGACAGAUGAGUACCAGGUCGUAUGGCUCCCACAGGCCGACUUUGCCACCGCCCAGCACCAGUCCAAAUGCGAGCCGAUGAGCCUUGGCCUUGCAAGAUCCGGCCGGCGAUAUGGACUUCGAGUCACUGCCAAGAACUUUCAGCAAGUGUUCCAGAAGCUGAAGCCGGAAGGACAGUUUUUGUCUCCAGGUACGAGGCUUACUUGGCAAUGCGGCCCAUUCCCAUAUGGCAGCGACCGUAAGUCCAUCGGCCGUGUCUUUGCUGAGCGGGCUUGGCAGGCGAGACCUCUCCAACCUGCCCGACCAAUUUCCGGUGGCGUGAUGUGGCUUGUUCAAUCGGUGACAGAUCCUCCACAGCUGGUGUACAACAUGCAACAUGGCCAGGUGAUGAUCUCACGUUGCGACUCCGUCCGGGAAGGCAUGGCAGAGCAUGGCACGGUGAUUGGUCCGCAGAGCACCAUCGAACUGUGCUCAUCCACCAGUGCCCAGGACCCGUGGAUAGUCCACGAUCCAUGGCAACAGGCCUUGACAAAAAUGCCUGCCCCACCUGCGCCUACCAUGACCCCACAGCUCCAGGAGCUGGAGGAGCGCCUGGAACGCAGCAUCAUGGAGAAGCUUCCCAUGGAUCGCAUGGAAACAGACGACACUGAAGAUCGCCUGCAGACGUUGGAGAAGCAGAUGCAGCACCUUGCGUCACGCCACCAGGCGUUGGAGGGGACAGUGGCCGAAAACCAUCGCCAGCACUCUGCACAGGUUCAGACCUUGCAAGCCCAGAUGAUGUCCCAAAUGGAGGUGCAACGUACCCACAUGUCCAACAUGUUCGAGGACCAAAUGAACAAGCUUGAGACCAUACUUGCAAAGAAAGGUUCCCCCUUGCCUGCUCGGAUCAACACCAAUGAUGCUGGCCAAUACUCUGGAGUUGCGACCAUAGCUCGAGUUCCUGCCCGCGCACUUUGCGCUUGCUGGCCCCAAGACCUUUUUGAAACCGGCCGAGUUCAAAUCACUGGCACGUUCAUCAAUCAAACCUGGAUCACAGGCGCAGUCAUGUAUGGCUACCCACAAGGCAAAGUCCACCACAAUGCUUUGGCCCGUUCCUCCGAGAUGUUGGAAUUUUUGAUCAGCCAUAUGACUCAGGUUGCCUCUGGACCAAGGUAUCUGUGCGGUGACCUCAACCAUGAAAUGGACCAACUCCCAGCUCUCCAGCGCCUGGUCCAGCUAGGCUGGCGUGAAGCCCAAGACCUUGAAUGCCUGCGUACUGGAACCCAACCUCAACCGACGUGCAAGGGAUGUACUCGCAAGGACAUGCUGUGGAUUUCGCCAGAGUUGGUGCCGUUCUUUCGGUGUGCCUUCGUUGACCAUGAUCGUUUUGCAGAUCACUCCGUGUUGCGAGCAUUCUUUGCCUUGGAUGGUGCGCUUUCCAAACGAUACCUGUGGCCGAAGCCCAAGCCGGUGCCGUGGAACGUUGUCCCGCCACUUGACCAGCCAGUGGAUUUUGCUGAAGGCUCCCCCACGGAAGUGUACAAGCAGCUCUGGCAAGCCAAAGAGGCAUUGGCCAAAGACCACUUGGGUGAACAAUGGCAAUACCAAAUGCAGGGCCGAGGCCAAAGAACUGAGCCCUUAGUGCGCAGAGGCUGGGCAGCACCGCCUCGCAAAGGCCGCUCCAGUGACUUCCAACCUGCGUUCCAUGGUUACAACGUUCAGCACAGCCGAUGGCUACGUCAACUGCGGAGACUGCACAAUUACCAUCGCUGGGCCAUGCAUCACUAUGGCACUGCUGUUGCCAACCAACAACUUCAUGGCACUAUGCUUUGGGCCAGUGUCCUGAAGGCAACUGGAUUUGGUCCCUCUUUCCAGGCAUGGUGGAUUUCCCGGCAAUGCAUUGGACUUCAAGACCCUGCGUCCGUGCCGACCCUUCCACCUGAUGCAAACCAUGCGUGCCAAUUGUGUGAAGCCUUUCAAGGUGAGCUGCGAGCCUUUGAACGUACGUUGAACGCCGCCAAGAAAGCAGCCAAAGUUUGUGCCCACAAACGAAAUCAAAACUUGAUCUACAAGGACACCAAAAGGCCUACCCCAGAACCUGUGACCAGCCUCUUGGUCACCAAAAAGGCCCAGGUUGCUGAAAUCAGACCGGAGGACAGUGCGGUACUCCUUGACCAGCCAGUCUUGUUUGAUGCCCAAGAUCCGGUGGUGGUAGGGAAUAUGCCAACCACCAUCAUUCAUGCCACCGCCGACACAUUGUACCUGUCUGACAUUGCCGAUGCGCAAGUGGGUCAUCAAGUCACUCACACCCAGCCAGUUGGUGCACUUGAUGAAGUUUUUGCCGUAUUCCAUACCCAGUGGAAGCUUCGGUGGUGCAAACACGAUGACAUCCCCCACAGCCACUGGGAUCAGCUGGUUAGGUUUGCCCGACACCACCUUCCCAGACAUGACCUUGUGCCAGUAAACAUCACACCAGACUUGCUGCGUGCCGAAGUUGCCUCCAAGAAGUCCCAGGCUGCUACCGGCUUAGAUGGCGUCAGCAGAGCAGAUAUCCUCCACCUGGACCGCAACAGCCUGACCAGUUUGUGCCAGCUAUACCACCGAGCUUGUAGUGAUGGAAGUUGGCCUUUGCAGACAGUCACCGGCAGUGUGGCGUCACUGGCAAAAAGAGAAGGUGCAGCCAGCACCCAAGACUACAGAUGCAUGCUGGAUCAGGCCAACCAGUGGUGCCAUCCAGAUAUAUAUGGAAACAGAAAGGGUCAUCAGACCAGCCAGCUGUGGCGUGUUUUGGUCUCAAGCAUUCAGCAGGCCUAUGACCAGAAUCAGUGCUUGAGCGGCUUGACAGCUGACAUAGAGAAAUGUUUCAAUUGCCUCCCGCGGUAUCCCAUCAUCGCCGCAGCCCUGCAAGUCGGCACACCGUUGUCUACCAUGACAGCCUGGUGUGGGGCCUUGGCCGCCAUGACACGUAGGUUCAAGGUGCGUGACUCAUACAGCACUGGCUUCACCACCAGCACCGGACUUGCAGAAGGCUGUGCCCUCAGCUGCUAUGGCAUGUUGAUCAUGGAUGACAUCAUGCACCGCUACAUAGCAGCGCAAUACCCAUUGCUGAGGGUGCUAAGCUUUGUGGACAAUUGGGAUUUCAUCACCUGGAAUGCCCAAGCCGCUACACAGCAGUUGGAUGCACUUCUUGAAUUUGCCAGCCUGGCCGACCUGACAGUUGACCGCCAGAAAACGUACGCCUGGUCCACCUCAGCCGAGGUCAGAGCCAACCUGAGGUCGCUUGGAAUCCCGGUCAAACAUGCGGCCAAAGACCUGGGCGCUCACGUGGCAUUCUCACGCCAGCACACCAACAGCACGGUUACCAGUCGCCUUGAUGCUCUGACACCUUUCUGGACUCAGCUUCGCCAAAGCCGUGCCAGCUACCGGUCCAAGUUGCGGGCGCUGCGAACUGUGGCAUGGCCACGAGGCCUUUUUGCUGUUGAGAGUGCCCCGAUCAGUGACAACACCUGGUUAUGCCAAAGACGCCAUGCAAAUAAGGCUCUCAGUAUGGACAAACCUGGUGUCAAUCCCAUGUUGUUGCUUGGCCUUGUUGAAGCCUAUGUGGAUCCUGAGUUUGUUGCCCUGAUCCGCACGGUAGGAGAGACCCGUCUUAACUGCCCCCUGGACUUUUGGGCUUCUGAUCUUUUUCCACUUGCAGCCGGCAUCACCAACAGUCCACCAUCUUCUCCGGCGGCUGUUUUGCUUGGACGCAUCCAGAAAGUUGGCAUUGCCAUCAAACCCACAGGGCACUGGGAAGAUCGAAUUGGCCUUUUCCAUCCAGCUCAUGUCAACUUUGCUGAACUAUGCCACAGGCUGCAAUGGCAAUGGCACCAGUAUGUCUGUGCGGCAGUCUCUCACCGCAAAGAUUUUCAUGGUCUUGACAUGGUUGACACCACCACCACACGUCAAGCCAUCAAUCGCCUGGCUGUUGAUGAUCAAUCAAUGCUCCGCCUUAGCCUGGCCGGGGGCCUUUUCACCCAAGAUGCCCACGUGCACUGGAAUGAAGGUACAGGCUCCUGCAAGUGGUGUGGUCAGCUGGACUCCCUGCGCCACCGAUACUUCGAAUGCCCCAACACCUUGGACUUACGCACCAGCUUGGCUCCUGAUGUGCUCCCUCUUUUGGAUUUGCUCCCGGAAGCCAUGGUCUUGCGCAGCUGGGCUAUUUACCCGCCCACUCACCUUGCGUGGCUCCGUUUGUUGGACUCUGUGCCCUGUGCGGUCCCGUCCCUGGCGUGUGCGUUCAAACCUGGUGUCCUCAAUCACGUUUUCACUGACGGUUCUUGUCUGUGGCAAGCGGACCCUGCCUUCCGUGUUGCGUCGUGGGCUGCCAUCCUUGCUGAUCCGUGUUCCCCUGUGUGGAAUUUCAGUUGUGGUGGCGUUCUGGGUGCGGGCCAUGUCCCUGGACUUUGCCAAACCUCCUACCGUGGUGAGUUGUUUGCGUUGGCCGUCAUCCUCCACCAUGCAGUUGUGAAGAUCCCAGCCCAUCGGAAGUUGCACCAGGCGAAGAGCCGCACUGAGGUUUGGCAAUUCUGGCAUAACAACGUUGUGGAUGGAGUGGCCAAGCACGCCAACCUUGACAGGUCGCCGCAGUUUUGGGAUCAAUGGAAGCUCCACGUGGACCAGACGAUGGCGGCCAGAGUUUUGCACGAACAGGUAUGCGCCCUGCACAUUGCAGUUGCCCGCCGCAGUGUACAAACAGAGGCACAGGUGACGCUGGAUGAGGUGCCUAUUGCGCAACCUCGACAGUUGCGCAUUUUCCCUGUGGAGUUCAACACUGCUGCGUGGAGAGGCGACAUCCCUUUGAAGUUUGCAACUGCAUACGGAGCCGGCUUGGCGCGUCGGAUUUGCAGAUGGUGGCAGGCUCGGACAACCAGUGAUGAUGCUGGUGAGACCCGCUGGAUCAGCUUCGCGCAUUUGUACGUUGAUUACCAACUUACAUUUGGUUGCCCAGGACCGGUGAAGCAUGGAGCUCAGUGGUUGGACGCGCAGACCAGGCCCUAUUUGGACCCGGAGCGGCAUCCGUUUUUGGUGCGCCUCAAAUGGUUCAGGCGUUGCUUGAAAAUGUUUUGGAAGCUUACUGGCCAAACUGUUGGAAUGAACGCUUGCAAAGUGGAAGGGGAUUCCAUACAAAGUUUCGUCAACGCAGCCUCCAUUCGGUGGUGCUAUUUUAGCUGGAGUGGAGCAGAGCAUUGGAUAGCAACUGCCUGCAAAGGGCCUUGCUGCAGAGGAACGAGAGCCUUGGAGGCCUUACCUCUGGCCCGGCGGCAGGCCAAAUUUGCGCUGUUGGAUGAAGCGCUGUUUCACGGCACUGACUCCUAUAGCUCAGGCCGCAAAGACCGCAACGCCAUCCACAGGUGCCACCCUUGGGCGAAAGGCGGCUUCGGCUUCGGCUUCGACGGCUUCGACCGCUGCGCGCAACGCGCAAAGCAGCGACGGGCACGAGAGGAUGUGUCGGAGUAUGUGGCGGAACUGCGGCGAAAGGGUGGGCUACAGAGCCCUCAGGUGAAGCCGGUGGGUCGACUUGGAGAGCCAGUCACCAUCCCCCUACCAAAGAACAUUGCGGCGUCAGAUUUUCGCUAUACUGCCAAAUGUCCGAUCUUUGUUUCAGCUGGCGAGAAAUUUCGGAUUCCUGCCACAGAAGCUUUCAGAGAGCAGGUGGACAUGGAGGACUUCACCUCGCUGCUGAGUCAAUUGGGCAAGAGGGGCCAAUGGAGGCCGGAAGGGACCGAGUCGAUCGAGGAUCCCGAAGAUCGAGGGCGUAUCUCAGGGAUUCCCAGGAUGAAGGGACAUGGAUAA